GGCGUCCACCUCCCCUGGGCUGUUCCAGAUGAGACGCCUCCACCCCAUCUGCCUCUCUGAUCCUCUUAUCAGCGAGUAAGCGGCCAAGAUGGAUGUCGUAAACCAGUUGGUGGCCCAAGGACAGUUCACAAUCAUCAAGCAGCCAUUGGGAUUUAUAAAAAUCCUCCAAUGGAUCUUUGCGAUCUUUGCUUUCUCAACCUGUGGCAGUUACUCCGGCAUGUUCAAGAUGAGCGUGGAGUGUAAAAACCGGUCAGAGAGCGACCUUGGCAUCGAAGUAGAAUUUGAAUAUCCAUUCAGGCUCCAUCAGGUUUACUUUGAUGCCCCCACCUGUAAGGGAGGGUACCCCGAGCGUCUAUUCCUGGUCGGCGACUACUCCUCUUCGGCGGAGUUCUUUGUCACCAUCGGUGUCUUUGCCUUCCUCUACUCCAUGGCAGCCCUCUCUGUGUACUGUUUCGUCCUGGAGAAGUACCGUGAAAACAACAAGGGCCCCCAGAUUGACUUUGUAGUGACAGCAGUGUUUGCCUUCAUGUGGCUGGUGUCAUCAUGUGCGUGGGCCAAAGGUCUGUCGGAUGUGAAGACUGCCACUGAUCCGGAGAGAGUCAUCACUCUCAUCACAGCCUGUGGCGAGCAAGAAAAUCGCUGCCGUGAGGUCUACGACCCCAAAGUCUCGGGCCUCAACACCUCUGUGGCUUUUGGGUUCUGCAACCUGAUCCUGUGGAUAGGAAACCUGUGGUUCGUCUUUAAGGAGACUGGCUGGAUGGCUGCCUUUUCUGGUACAUACAUGCCAUCGCAGGAAAAGCAGCCCGCUCCUGAUACCUUUGCCCAGGGUGGCUACGGUCAGCAGGACCCAUACGCCGGCUCCCAAGGAGGCUACCAGCCCGAAUACGGCCAGCAGGGAGGCUACAAUGAGGACGGAGGCUACAGUCAGGGCUUCGAACAGCAGCCCACCUCCUACUCCAAUCAAAUGUGAGCCUGUGCGGUGACAACACAACUGCAGGAGGGGUGAACUUGUGAUUCCGGCACUCAACCACAGCCUGCAUUUCUGCACUCGUCUGUUAGUCUCUUUGUGUACUUGUGAGUUUGGCAAGUGGCGGGAGGGAAGGUAUAGGGGUACACGGUGUACGGGGAAGGGUGGGUAGGCCAAAAGUGGGUUGUGAACAC